CGUCAGCCAUUACUUGUCAACGAGUCGUGGCCGUGGACUGUCUGCCGGUUUUAACUCAUCAACGCUUCAAACCAUAUAUUCCAACCAUGAGUGCCAAAUUGCUAGAGUACAGGGAAUCCAUAGAACGCCAGUUGAGGGACAAAAGCAAGCCAUGGACCACGACUUUCGAUCAAUUGGAAUCGAAAACCGGCGUGAACAGACUGUACCUUUUCGUCGGUUUGGUGGUGUUCACCGGUUUAUAUUUAGUGUUUGGAUUCGGCGCUGAGCUGAUAUGCAACACGAUUGGUUUCGUGUACCCUGCCUAUAUGUCCAUGAGGGCUCUGGAGUCCCCUUCGAAGGAUGACGACACGAAGUGGCUGACAUACUGGGUGGUGUACGCGUGCUUUUCAGUCGUGGAAUACUUUUCCGACUUCAUCGUGGGAUGGUUCCCGCUCUAUUGGUUAAUAAAGUGCAUCUUCAUCAUAUGGUGCUACCUGCCCGGAGAGCUGAACGGCUCGCUCGUCCUCUACCACCGCAUCAUCCGCCCCUACUACCAGAAGCACCACUCGCAGAUCGACGCCGCUGCCAGCGCAGAACUUCAGGACAUUGUAAGGAACUUAAACAAAAACAUGGACAAAACUUUCGACGCGUUCAACAAAAAAAUGCAAAACCUGCAUUCCGACUAAGCACAAGGUAAAAUGGAUUAAAGCAGUAAAGUUCAUACAAAAUUCAAUGCCAGCCGCGCCGUCAAGGAUACCAUCGGGAAGACCAACUAACCGAU